UAACGACGUUGUACAGCAUCUCACUGAUAAUGUCUGGAAUGGCGUCUAACCUAGCUAAAAAGCGGGCAUUGGCUGCAGGGUUUGGCACUAAUGCUAAUGCGGUGAAAUAUCUCAAUCAGGAUUUUGAAGCGCUUAGGGCGCAAUGUUUAAAUCGAGGAGGGCUAUUCUCGGAUCCAACUUUCCCAGCCGCACCCGAAUCUUUGGGCUUUAAUGAACUCGGACCAGGCUCGUACAAAACUAGAGCAGUGCAAUGGAAAAGGCCAGGAGAGUUGUGCUCAAGUCCAGAGUUCAUUGUUGGAGGAGCCACCAGAACAGACAUCUGUCAAGGAGCUCUAGGUGACUGUUGGCUUUUAGCUGCCAUUGCCUCUUUGACACUCAAUGAAGAUGUCAUGGCUAGAGUGGUCCCCGUUGGACAGAGCUUUGGGGAAAGUUACGCUGGCAUUUUUCAUUUUCAGUUUUGGCAGUUUGGGGAGUGGGUGGAUGUUGUCAUUGAUGACAGGCUGCCCACAAAAGAUGGAGAGCUGCUGUUUGUUCACUCAGCUGAGGGCUCAGAGUUCUGGAGUGCACUGCUGGAGAAGGCCUACGCCAAGGUGAAUGGCUGCUACGAGGCCCUGUCUGGGGGCUCCACCACUGAGGGCUUUGAGGACUUCACUGGGGGCAUUGCAGAGAACUACGACCUGAGGAAACCCCCUCCGAACAUGUUCCAGAUUAUUAAGAAGGCAAUUGAGUCAGGGGCUCUGCUUGGCUGCUCCAUUGACAUAACCAGCGCCGCUGAUUCUGAGGCAGUCACACGACAGAAGCUGGUGAAAGGGCAUGCCUACUCCCUAACAGGGGCAGUUGAGGUGACCUAUCGUGGCCGUAAGGAGAAGCUGAUCAGGAUACGUAACCCUUGGGGUCAAGUGGAGUGGACAGGGGCUUGGAGUGACAGCUCCUCAGAGUGGAACUCCGUUGAUGAUUCAGAGCGCCAGAACGUCAAAGCUGAUGAUGGAGAAUUCUGGAUGUCAUUUACAGAGUUCCUGCGGCAUUACUCUCGCAUAGAGAUUUGCACUCUGACCCCAGAUACACUAACGGAUGACUCUGUGAAGCACUGGAGUGUGUGUAACUAUGAUGGUAGCUGGAGGAAGGGUUCUACUGCUGGGGGGUGCAGGAACCACGCCUACACCUUCUGGAUGAACCCCCAGUUUGUGAUCAGGCUGGAUGAGGAGGACGAUGACCCUGAUGAUAACGAGGUGGGCUGCAGCUUCGUGGUGGGCCUGAUCCAGAAGAACCGGCGCCGGCUGAGGAAAGUAGGCGAAGACAUGCACACCAUUGGCUUCGCCAUCUAUGAGGUUCCAUCACAGUUUCAUGGUCAGAGGGAGGUUCACCUGGACAAGAAUUAUUUCCUGACACAUGCUCAAAAGGCCCGGUCUGAGACCUUCGUCAACCUUCGGGAGGUUAGCACCCGCUUCAAAAUGCCCCCCGGGGAGUACCUCAUUGUGCCCUCCACCUUCGAGCCGCACCUAAAUGGUGACUUCUGCAUCCGUGUUUUCUCAGAGAAGCAGACUGAGACUCGACCAUGUGACGAUCCUGUCAAGGCAGACUUAGAUGAUGAGACUGUAUCUGAUGCUGAAGUCGACGCAGGAUUUAGAGGCUUGUUUACAAAGCUUGCAGGAGAUGACAUGGAGAUCUCUGCAGCAGAGCUGAAAACCAUCAUGAAUAAGAUUGUCUCCAAACGAACUGACAUCAAAACAGAUGGCUUCAGUCUUGAAACCUGUAGAAUCAUGGUCAACCUCAUGGAUGACAGUGGGAAUGGAAAAUUGGGCCUUGGGGAAUUCGCUACUCUGUGGAAGAAAGUGCAGAAAUACCUGGGUAUCUAUAAGAAGAAUGACAUGGACAAUUCAGGCACCAUGAGUACUCCAGAGAUGCGUAUGGCCCUGAAAGAAGCAGGCUUCACUUUGAACAAUGGCAUUUAUCAGAUCCUCGUGGCUCGCUACGCUGAGCCAGACAUGACCAUCGACUUUGAUAACUUUGUGGCCUGCCUUAUGCGUCUGGAUAUGAUGUUCAGAGUCUUUAUGAAGAUUGAUGCUCAUGACAGUGGCUCCAUUGAGCUCGACUUCCAUCAGUGGCUAACAUUUACGAUGAUCUAGAAGACCCCUGUUCAUUCCGAAGAAAAAUGUGCAAGUUAAAAAAACAAGUAUUAAAUUCAUUAUUUAAUGGAAUUUUUUAGAUUUUUAUGUCACAUUUUUGUAUGUAUUUUAUUCACUGCUGCAUGAUAUUGUGUAUUCGGUUAGACAUUACUAGCUGUGGUAUGGUAUUACUGUGGUAGAUUUCAUGUGAAUGUCAUUCUGUAAGAGGAACAAGGAUAUAUUUGUUCGCAAACCACUGCAAUCUGUUUACUUUUUGUAUUAGAAAAUAUGCCUUGUAGAGAUUGUGAAAUUGCUUUUUAUUUUGGCCUGUUUUAUGGAAUGUCCACAUGGAAUUCCAUGCAAUGCUCAAAUAAAGAUUUCUUAUAUUCUAA